UUUAAGUAAGAUGCUUGAACGUGUUUGAAAUAUUUUUGGUGGACAAAGGGAAAAUAAGGUGAAUAAUGGAGUUGGAUUUAACACCAAAAUCAGCAGAACCACUGUUUGAGGGAGAUGGUGGAGGUUACUACACUUGGUAUGCUUCUCAAAUGCCAAUUCUGGCUACGACUAAUCUGGGCGCUGGUCGUUUUCUUCUUCACCCUCGCGGCUUUGCCUUUCCUCAUUAUGCAGAUUCAUCCAAAGUUGGUUAUGUCAUUCAAGGGAGUGAUGGAGUAGUUGGGAUGGUUCUCCCCGACGGCAAAGAAGAGGUGGUUUUGAAACUUGAGGAAGGAGACGUUAUAGCAGUACCUGUUGGAGCUGUGUCGUGGUGGUUCAACGAUGGAGACACAGAUCUGAUCAUUGUUUUUCUUGGAGAAACUUCAAAGGGUCUUAUUCCAGGUCAAUUCACCUAUUUCCUUCUAACUGGAGCUAUAGGAGUUAUAGGAGGUUUCUCAACUGAGCUCACCGGCAAAGUCUAUAACUUUGACAAAGAUGAGGUUCAAAAGCUCACAAAAAGUCAAGCUGAUCUUUUUAUUGUGAAACUGGACAAAAAUCAGGCACUGCCUAAACCCCAGAUCGACAUAACCAAAAAGCUUGUGUACAACAUAGACGCUGCAUGCGCAGAAAAUGUUGUUGAAAAAGCUGGAUUGGUGAAAACUUUAACGGAGAAAGAGUUUCCUUUUAUGGGGGAGAUUGGUUUGAGUUUGAUUAGAGUGAAACUUGAAGCCGGUGCUAUUAAGGCUCCUUCAUACCCAACAACCGCUGCGAUUCAAUUGAUUUACAUUGCCAGAGGAAGUGGCAAGAUUGAAAUUGUGGACUUCAAUGGAAAACCUGCAUUAGACACUCUUGUUAAGGCUGGUGAUUUGAUCGUGGUGCCGCAACUUUUUGUCGUGGCUAAAAUUGCAGGAGAAGAAACAAUGGAAUGUUACUCCAUUACUACAACUACAAAGGAAGGGAUCGAUAUGGGGAAAGUUGUCAUCUUCGAUUCAAGAAGUUGCUCUUAACGUGGAUUCAGAAUUCAUAUCCAAGAUGAAGAAAUCCAGUGAUCUGAUUCCACCCUCGUAUUAGUUUGAUGUUGAUGUGAGAGAUAAGGAUGAAGUGCCUAACUUCUCAUUGCAUUGCUUUGCUUUUAAAAGCACUAUACUCGUGCUUUUCAACGUGUUACAUUUAUUUCUAUGCAUGUUUAAAAUGCAAUGGAUACUUUUUCUAAUAUUUAUCGUUAUAAAUAAUACUUCUAACAUUAAAAUUGUAUUUGUAAUAAUUGAGUUCG